AUGUCUGAGGAGAAAAACCAUAAAGACUCUCACGAAGACGAUUCCAAGGAGACACCCCCGUCUCCAAGCGCACUUGUCCCGAAUGACGUCUCUCACAGCACGAAGAUCCUUGAAGUCACCAAUACAGAUCUUGCGUUGGCUCUUUCCACCGGUCCGCCGUUGAAUCCAAGGAGCUGGACAUCCAUCAAGCUUUACUUGUGCCUUAUGGUCGUGUUCAUGGGAAGUAUGGCGAAUGGCUUUGACGGGCAAGUCAUGAGCGCCGUUAAUGGAAUGCAACAGUAUCUCAACUACUUCGGUAUUGACGGUCAAGAUGCUGGUGGAGGCGUCGGUACGGUGACCGCGAUUAUCUUUGGUAUUUAUUCAAUAGGAAGCAUUGUGGGGGUUGCGCUCGCUGGUCCAACUACCGACUAUUUUGGACGUCGAGGAGGCAUGUUCACUGGAGCCGUCAUUAUAAUAAUUGGUGCUGUUGUGAUUACUGUGUCCAAGACUCAGGACUACCUUCUGGCUGGUAGAUUUGUUCUCGGGUUUGGAGUUUCUUUCGCUACAACAGCAGCACCUUCAUAUGUUGUCGAGAUGUCUCCUCCACAAUGGCGCGGUCGUUUGACAGGAUUAUACAACACCUUUUAUUAUACUGGUUCCAUCUUGUGCACCGGUGUUUCAAUCGCAACUGGCCGUCUUAGUACCACAACAUCGUGGCGAACACCUUUGGCUAUGCAGCUCAUACCUUCCGGAAUUCUCGCUAUUUUCUCGCUGUUCUUGCCUGAGUCACCUCGAUGGUUGAUGGCUGUCGGUCGCAAAGAAGAAGCACAAACAAUCCUUGCUAAGUAUCACGGUAAUGGAGACGUUAACGCACCUUUAGUGCAGUUAGAAAUGAGGGAAUUCGAGGAAUCUAUAAAAACGGAUGGCUCCGACAAGCGAUGGUGGGACUACUCUGAACUAGUCAACACGCACAAUGCCCGAUACCGUACAUUUAUGAUGCUCCUAAUGGGAUUCUUUGGACAGUGGUCUGGAAAUGGUCUGGGGUAUUUCCUUACUAUUUUGUUCAAGAACGCAGGAGCGAACACGCAAGAGCGACGUCUGAUUUUGAAUUUUGUCAACACACUUGUCUCGGCUGCAGGCGCGCUUAUUGGAACGUCUCUAACUGAUCACGUUGGGAGACGUACGAUGUGGUUCUGGGGAACUCUCGGUAGCGCGGGCAUGCUUGCAAUUGUGACUGGUUGCACUGCAAAAUGGGGAUCAGAAGGAAGUAACCCGGCGGGUUCCAAUGCGGCUAUCGCGUUCAUAUUUCUGUUUGGCUUCGUGUACAGCUUGGCAUAUACGCCGUUACAAGCUCUGUAUCCUUCAGAAUGUCUUGCAUACAACUCUCGAGCGAAAGGCAUGGCAAUGUACUCAUUCGCUGUGAGUUGUGCAGGCUUCGUCAACACCUAUGCGGGUCCCAUUGCUUUGAAUAACAUACAAUGGAAGUAUUAUAUCGUCUAUGUGGUUUGGGAUCUUUUCGAAUGUUUGAUCAUCUUUUUCUUUGCUGUUGAAACGAAAGGGCGUACUCUCGAAGAGCUGAACGAGAUAUUUGAUGACCCCCACCCAGUGAAAGCGUCAAUCAGUAAGAAGAAAGUUGCCGUCAUGGAGAAGGAAGGUCAGGUCCAGAUGGUGGCUGUUCAACCAAGCGGUGAUCAAGUGUAA